AAAUAUGUGAUAAAGAUGCUUCAACUCUUAAUGAUGAAUUGGAAAUUGAUGAAGAAAUACUUAAUGAUGGUGAUGAUGAUUUACCAAUAUUAAAUGAAACACAAUGGUCAGGAGUAGUUGAAGAAUGGGCUAAUUUAUUGAAUGAUGAAAAUUUAGAAGAAGAAAUUAAUGUUAGAAGAGUUGAAAGUGAAAGUUCAGACGAUGAUGAUGAAAUUUUACCAGAAGAUUCAAAGGCGAAAUGGAAAUUAGAAAAUUU